AUGGCUCAAGUCACUCCCUCCAAGCAGGCUGCUUCCUCCCUCGAGAACCUCAAGAUGAGUGAUUCACCUAUUAAGAAGCUCGACUUCCAGUCAGUUGGCAAGGAGAACGCGCCCGCGUCUCUUAAGCCCGUCGACACCUCCAUUGAGAAGCCCACCGAGAAGGCUCUUACAAUCAAGGAGAUGGAAGCCAGCGAGCCCUUGCUCCAGGAGAACCCCCACCGUUUCGUUAUGUUCCCUAUCAAGUACCACGAGAUCUGGCAAAUGUACAAGAAGGCCGAAGCCUCCUUCUGGACCGCCGAGGAGAUUGAUCUCUCCAAGGAUCUUCACGACUGGCACAACCGCCUGAACGACGAUGAGCGUUACUUCGUCUCCCACGUCUUGGCUUUCUUCGCCGCCUCCGACGGUAUUGUCAACGAGAACCUCGUCGAGCGUUUCAGUUCUGAGGUCCAGAUCCCUGAGGCUCGUUGCUUCUACGGCUUCCAGAUCAUGAUGGAGAACAUCCACUCCGAGACCUACUCCCUGCUCAUCGAUACCUACAUCAAGGAGCCCAAGCAGCGCACCUACCUCUUCGACGCCAUUGACACCAUUCCCUGCAUUGCCAAGAAGGCCAACUGGGCCCUCCGCUGGAUCACCGACCGCGAGUCAACCUUCGCUUCGCGUCUGGUUGCCUUCGCCGCUGUUGAGGGUAUUUUCUUCUCUGGCUCAUUCGCCUCUAUCUUCUGGCUAAAGAAGCGUGGCCUGAUGCCCGGUCUCACUUUCUCCAACGAGCUGAUCUCUCGUGACGAGGGUCUCCACACUGACUUCGCUUGUCUCCUGUUCUCCCACAUGAACCACCGCCCCGAUUCCAAGGUGGUUGAGGACAUCAUUGUCGAGGCUGUCGGCAUCGAGCAGGAGUUCCUGACUGACGCUCUUCCCUGUGGUCUGCUUGGAAUGAACUCCAAGCUGAUGUGCGAAUACAUUGAGUUCGUCGCUGAUCGCCUGCUGUUGGCCCUCGGCAACAAGAAGUACUAUAACGCCACCAACCCCUUCGAUUUCAUGGAGUCCAUCUCCCUGGCCGGAAAGACCAACUUCUUCGAGAAGCGUGUCGGUGACUACCAGAAGGCCGGUGUCAUGGCCAGCACUAAGCAGGAGGUUAACGCAGAGGGCGAGAAGGUCGUAAGCGACGGUCUCAACUUCGAUGAGGACUUCUAG